UCACGGAAGGUAAAGCUCGCGCUUCUUUCAAGGUAGUUCAAGUUGCACUAGUUCCCUCUCGUUUUUUUUUCUCUCUCUCUUUUUUCCUCCCGAGAUCACCAGAAACCUUGUUUCCAAUAGCGACAGUCAACUCCAACGCCAGUUGUUCACUCUCCGCCCUUCUGCAUUCAUUGAACUUGAAUCCACCACAUCCUCUCGCUCCCUAAGUCGCAAAGCUCAAAAUGGUCAACAAAAUAAUCAGAGAUGCUCUUGAAUGUGUCCCCUACGUUACAAACUACGAGCGUUACCAAAAGACCAUGGAUGCAAUCCAUUCCCGCUCCAAGGUGGUUCUUUGCAGGGUUCUCUUCGACUUAUUUGUGUCGGACAUCAGUGAUCCUGAGACCCUGCAGUCGCGCAUCCACGAGCUUGUCGCCGAGCGCUACGAGCAUGCAGAGUCGAACGAAAACCCACUGCCUACCAAGAGAAAGAGCGAGGAGUCAAAGACGGCGACAUACAUAUCGGAAGGGCCGGAUGAGUGCACCCGUUGUGAAGAGGAGUUUGGACCCGAAGACGAGUCGAAGGGUUGCUUUCGCCAUCCAGGCAUUAUGCAGCUCAACCGUGCGUCCUACUCCUGGUGGACCGAGGAGGGCAUAGAUACCUCUGAGUAUACGUCGAAGGAGCUAAAUGCUCCACAUGAUCGCGAAGAGAACCCAGACGGGUUCACCUGGAGUUGUUGUGGUCUGCCUGGUGGUCGACGGGGUUGCAAACGGUGUCCACACAAGGCAUAUGAGGGCGAUACCGACUACAGUGGAGACAGUGAAGAUAGUGAUGAGGGUGACGAUAGGUGCGGUAGCGAUGAAGGUGAUGAGAGUGAUGGUAGUCAGGGUGGUGAGGAUGACGAGGAUGAUUGA